AAGCAGCUUAGACAUAAGGACCACUUUAGCAUUUAACACCAAACCCACCAACUCAAAAAUGAAAUUUGAAAAUCAAAAGGUGCUUCGGGACCUACAAAGUAUUAAUUCUUACAUACAAAGAGGCAAAAAUCAUGUAUUAAAAUUUCAGAAAUGGAGAUUGGCUUAGCAGUUGGUGGUGCAUUUCUCUCUUCAGCUUUGAAUGUUCUCUUUGAUAGGCUUGCUCCUCAUGGUGAUCUUCUCAGGAUGUUUCAGAAGAAUAAGCAUGAUGUUCGACUCUUAAAGAAGCUGAAAAUGACUUUGUUUGGCCUUCAGGCUGUGUUAAGUGACGCAGAGAAUAAGCAGGUAUCAAAUCAACACGUGAGCCAGUGGCUUAAUGAACUUCGAGAUGCUGUGGACGGCGCUGAAAACUUAAUGGAACAAGUCGACUAUGAGGCUUUAAGGCUUAAGGUGGAAGGUCAACUUCGAAAUCUUGCAGAAACAAGCAACCAGCAAGUAAGUGACCUCAACCUGAGCUUGAGUGAUGAUUAUUUUCUUAACUUAAAGGAGAAGUUGGAAGACACCAUUGAAACAUUGGAGGAUUUGCAAAAACAAAUUGGUCUCCUUGGCUUAAAGGAGCAUUUUGCUUCGACUAAACGAGAAACUAGAAGACAUUCAACUUCUUUGGUUGAUGAAUCUGAUGUCUUUGGUCGGCAGAAUGAAAUAGAGGAAUUGAUUGACCGUUUAUUGUCCAAGGAUGCAAGUGAAAAAAGUCCGACUGUUGUCCCCAUUGUUGGAAUGGGGGGUGUGGGCAAGACGACACUAGCUAAAGCUGCUUACAAUGAUGAGAAGGUAAAAAGCUAUUUUAAUUUGAAAGUUUGGUUUUGUGUGUCAGAGCCAUAUGAUGCUAUCAGAAUAACAAAAGGGUUACUUCAAGGAAUUGGCUCAUUUGACUUAAAGGAUGACAAUAAUCUCAAUCAGCUACAAGUCAAAUUGAAGGAAAGCCUUAAUGGAAAAAGGUUUCUCAUUGUCCUUGAUGACAUGUGGAAUGCUGACUAUAAUGAGUGGAAUGACUUGAGAACUCCUUUUGUACAAGGAGAUAUGGGAAGUAAGAUCAUUGUAACUACACGUAAGAAGGAUGUUGCCGGGAUGAUGGGUAGUGGGGCAGUCAACGUGGGGACUCUGUCU